AUGCGGCGGAAGCAGAAGCGGCUGCUGCAGGCGGUGGGGCUGGCGCUGGCCGCCCUCGUCUUCCUGCCCAACGUGGGGCUCUGGUCCCUCUACCGGGAGCGGCAGCUGGAGGGCGGCGCGGGGGCGGCCGGGGCCGCGGCGGCAGCCGCCGGAGGGGAGGCGCAGGGCUCGCAUGUGAGGCAAAGGAAAGAAGUUUACUUUGACGGACAAAGGAAAAAGGACUGGCAUGAUAAAGAAGCUAUAAGGAGGGACUUGGAGCGCAUAGGAAAUGGAGAGCAGGGAAAACCUUACCCGAUGACUGAUGCAGAGCAAGUGGACCAGGCAUACAGGGAAAAUGGUUUUAAUAUCUUUGUGAGCGAUAAAAUUUCUCUUAAUCGCUCCCUUCCAGAUAUCAGGCACCCAAACUGCAAUACCAAGCUGUACCUGGAGAAGCUCCCAAACACCAGUGUGAUAAUCCCAUUCCACAAUGAAGGAUGGUCAUCUCUCCUCCGGACAGUGCACAGCAUCCUAAAUCGCUCUCCUCCUGAGCUGAUAGCAGAAAUUGUGCUGGUGGAUGACUUUAGUGACAGAGAACACCUGAAGAAACGUUUGGAAGACUACAUGGCCCAGUUCCCAAAUGUCCGAAUCCUGCGCACCAAGAAGAGAGAAGGGCUAAUAAGAACUCGAAUGCUGGGGGCCUCUGUGGCAAUAGGAGAUGUUAUCACAUUCUUGGAUUCUCACUGCGAGGCCAAUGUGAACUGGCUGCCGCCUCUGCUAGACCGCAUUGCUCGGAACCGCAAGACUAUUGUGUGCCCAAUGAUUGACGUAAUUGACCAUGACCACUUCGGAUACGAGACCCAAGCUGGAGAUGCAAUGCGAGGGGCAUUUGACUGGGAGAUGUAUUACAAGCGGAUCCCUAUCCCUCCUGAAUUACAGAAACCUGAUCCUAGUGACCCCUUUGAGUCUCCUGUAAUGGCUGGAGGACUGUUUGCAGUCGAUAGAAAGUGGUUCUGGGAGCUGGGAGGGUAUGAUGCAGGUCUGGAGAUAUGGGGAGGAGAACAGUAUGAAAUAUCCUUUAAGAACUUGAAGCGUGUGGCUGAAGUGUGGAUGGAUGAAUACGCAGAGUACAUUUACCAGCGUAGACCUGAGUACCGGCAUCUCUCCGCGGGGGACGUGACUGCUCAGAAGGAACUCCGCAACAAUCUCAACUGCAAGAGCUUCAAAUGGUUCAUGAGCGAGGUCGCUUGGGAUUUGCCAAAAUUCUACCCCCCAGUGGAGCCCCCGGCAGCUGCCUGGGGAGAGAUCCGUAAUAUAGGAACUGGUCUAUGUGCAGAUACGAAACACGGAACUCUGGGCUCCCCACUCAGGCUGGACACCUGUGUGAAAGGCAGAGGAGAGGCGGCUUGGAACAACAUACAGGUAUUCACUUUCAGCUGGCGGGAAGAUAUCCGUCCUGGGGACCCGCAGCACACCAAGAAGUUCUGUUUCGAUGCCAUUUCCCACAGCAGCCCUGUGACCCUCUAUGACUGUCACGGAAUGAAGGGGAAUCAGCUGUGGAGAUACAGGAAAGACAAGACCCUUUACCACCCAGUAAGCAGCAGCUGUAUGGACUGCAGUGAGAGUGACCGAAAGAUCUUUAUGAAUACCUGCAAUCCCUCUUCUCCAACACAGCAGUGGAUAUUUGAACACACAAACUCAACCGUCUUGGAAAAAUUUAACAGAAAUCUUGAUCUUUAAAGACUGCAAAUAUAUAUAUAUUUAUAUAUAUAUUUUACAGUUAUAGUUUUUACCGGGGAGGGUUACAAAAAAAAUGUAAAAUUUUUUUUUUAAACAAACAAGGUAAAAGGGAGAAUCUCAGGAGAGGGUGUGACUAGUUGGCCAGUCUUUAUUUUGAAGAUGCUGCAUCUUUCUCUUUUUGGGGAUGAUGGAAUUCCAUGAGGCUUUACCCAAGUCACUUGCCUGUCAAGAUGGGAUCAGAAACUCUAUUUUUAAAGGAUUAUGAACCUGGUUCAACCUGCAUUUAGAUCACGUGUGGUACUUUCCCAGAUGCUAAAGCGUUCCCAAAUAGUCACUUUACCUCCCAGAAUCCAUCCAAGCAAAACCUGCACUCAAAAUUAUAGUGCAAAGUCAACAUAACAGUACCUGACACAUACACUGACUUCUAGUGCAUCAAAACUUAAAAUGCAAUAGAAAAAUGAAAAGUGUACGUCUCUUCUGUGCACCAAACCAAAAUAUGCUAAAAGCAGCUUCGCCUCGUAAUGCCUUCCAAAGGAAUAGAUCUGUUAACAGAAAACAGUUUCAGUGAACUAAGGGCAGCUGAGACUAACAUUCCAGUGAGUACAAGUCACUGGUAGAAAAACCACAAUUUCAGGUCCAUGCACCUUCCUCUCUGCUACCCAUUGUUGGGUCUCUUCAAUAGAAAAAUAGGAAUAGAAAAAAGGUUUUCCAGGAAGGUGACAGCCUGCAGCUAACAUAAUUGUGGUGACUCUCACCACAGGUUCUUCGAUGGCUAAUAUCAGAAUGCACAGUCACUUAUAGUAUGGGGUGGCUUUAGGAGAGAAACGUUCCAAGGAUCCUUGCCAUAAAAUCUACUGCAUAGGAAAAUCUCCAGUUUUCCUCUAGAGACCUGGGGCCAAAUACACCCUUAGCACGAGCAGCUGCAAUUCCACUGAAGUUGAUGGAUUUGAGACUGCUACCCAGGGUUUAAUUUGGUCUGUGGUCUUCUGUGGCCAGCAGUCCAUCUGUCUGAGGUAACCCCAGUGAGUGCAGGGCCCGUGCACAAGGCCAUUAUGCUCUGACAAAUGACUGCAUAGUUAUCCUUCUGCUAAGAUGCUGCAUAAAUCAACCAAACUUACCAUUUGCCUAUCAUCACCCAGCUGCUUGACUUGUCCACCUAUCCCAGCUCUGGGAUUGUGAGGCAUGCAGCAGCAUGAGGGGCGGAAACGACCAAAGCACUGUCUUGGGAAGAGCAGGCUGCUCUCUGGGGCUCCUAAGCAGCACAGUAAUGGAUCUCUGCUCCUGCAGCGGCUUGAAGCUGCACAUUUCAGGCAUCUUCCCUGCUGUGUAGCUCCUAAGUUUCACAAGAGAGCUUUGCUCUCGUCAGGUUCAAGAGGCAGCUGCUUUGUGUUCCAGGCCUCCUCUUGCUCACCACAAGACAGUAGGUCAGCCCCUCUGCUGUUGCCUGCUCCCUGCUGCACCAGUUCAGGAGCUGCAGAGGUUAUCAGGUGACUUGGUGAUCUCUUAAUGAUGGUGCAGAAUUGAUGCAGCUUUGCCAGGUAAAUCAGAGUGGGCUUGCUGCAUGGCAUGCAGAAUCUCAAAAGUAGUAAACCCAGACUUGACUUCUGUGAUGUUGCUCAGUGCAGCAUUGUUGCAAAUGAUUCACAUAGUCCUUUGAAGUCAAGCAUUGCUUCCUUUGGAGCGGUGGGAGGACAGAGACUUGACUGUCCGUUGGGAUAGUCCAUAUUUUUUCUGUGAUGCCAGCACACCACAGCAAGAGAUGCUGUACGAACACGACCAAUGCCACACUGGGUUAACAUUCUUUGAUUAAAAUAUGAUUUUAUAUGUUCUAAAUAUCUGUAACGUGUCUCUCAUUAGAAGCACUUUUUAAUACCACAGGGGGAAGCGCCAGUUUCCAGUACUUGGCAAGUAGCUGUCAGAUGUUUUCCUUAAGUUAUUAAUGCUCUCAUUAGUCUGGUUGUACUGACUGUGGAUCACUAAAUGGCCCGACUAGAUGUCUUUAUGAAUGUUUUAAUACCUGUGGAACAAGACGCUGUACAUGAAGAGCACGAGUUUAUUAUAAUUGGAACACAAGGUCAGUACAUGAUCUGUUGAUCAUUCCGCUGCAGCUAGCAGUGCUGUAACGUUAAUGCCUGCAGUUUAGUUUUCCACUUCAUUAGGGGAUCAGCUUCUGUUUAAAAUACAUGGCUUUCUCUGUACUUGGACUCACCUUGUGAGCAAAAUUUUGGACACUUUUAGCUGUUCAGCAUGUUGGACACACGCUUCUGAGAUUAUUGGUCAUGGGAUAGGGAGCCUUUGAUAUCUAGGUCAGUGAUUUGACUUUGGCUCAAGGGGAGUUGUUUGGCAGCAUGCACCAAAAGACUAGGUGAUCUUAAUGCAGUUUCUACUUGACUGAUAGUGGUCACAGGACCACUAUCACAACUGGCACCACUGCUGCCCGGCUCAGCACAGAGGCCAAGAAUUGAAUGGGCCAGGAAUGCUUUAAUCUCUUUUAAGGGUGGUCUCUCCAGGUCAGUUGCAGUGCUGUCAAUCUGGUUCAUUUCACAAAGUUAUGGAUUUCAAAACAUGAAUGUCCCAUGAAUUCAGUGUGCCUAUGUCUGAUUGUCUCAGUGGUGUUCCUUGAGCUAUUAUUUUACUUACAUUAAUUAUACAUUUCAAUGCCCCAGAGGCUUUGCUGACUAAUGGGAAGUAUUGCCAUAGUCGGCCACCUACUGAUUGAGAAAUAGAAAUUAUAUUUCUCAAUCUUCAUCUUUAAUUGAGCUUUUGCUGAGCAAUCAGGCUAAUUAGUCCAUUUAUGUUUAGUUAUUUAUAAGCAAAAAUCACCAAAGCAUGAAUCCAUAAACAAAUCCUCACAUUUGCAUGCACGUCAAGAUCAGGUCUCAAACGCCAUCGAUUACCUAUUGGAAAAUGCAUGCUUUUCACAUCCAGAUAGUUUUCAAAACUGUAAUUUAAAAAAAAUCUCUGCCCCUAGCUUCAUAAAUUCUCUAGUUUGUGGCAAGCCUGCAUAUAAGAAUUCUGAAGUACAGUGGGAUGCUGUGUGGUGUGUUCACGUACAUUUCAAUACCCAAAAUGCGCUUCCAUCUCUUGCCUAUUUCAUAGUGGUGUUAAUGUCUGACCUCUGUGAGCAAACUACCUGGGUUUGAGCCCUGCAUGAGUGCAGGGAGUUUUCCUGCAGGCUUUGGCAACAAAUCUCUCCCCCCCCCCC